CCAACUUGCGGCACACCUCAGCAAGGUAGUUUCAACUUUGGUAGAGUUUAGUUUGGAUUAAAACAUCGUAUAAACAUUUUUACGUGUCCUCGAAACCAGUUUCCCAUUAAAAAGAAAUUGUCCGCAUCGUCUGUAACGGUCGCGCAACAGAAAUUCGGUUAGCAGGAAAAUGUAAAAUCCUACCCGAAAUAACGUUUUCCUUCUACAGGACGUGCCUUUUUAGUAAACAAAAGUCUUAUUGAUUUGUGACAUGUGUCAUUAAAGUCAUGCGCCGAUAUUGUGUUGUUUAUUUUCUGUUGUUGUGAUUUGUGAUAUCUGUAAGAAAUGAUGCUGUUUUUGUGAUAUGGCGGAGAUUAAGCCUUUGUAUUCGACAUGUGUUGCUGUUUUGGGAUUUAUCUGCUUCGUUGUUGGCGCUACUGCUGUCGGGAUACCGAUGUGGGGAUAUUUUAAUACACCUCGUGGAGGUUUCGGAGAGGAAGAAGGAUAUUUUGGACCCUGGAAAACUUGUAAAUUUUUAUUGUAUAAUAGAGAAAGAUGCGGAAACGAUGCUUCCAGAUUCAGGCCAUCAAUUGCUGUUUGGGUGGCAGGCUUGAUAGCAUCGAUUGGAGUAGCAAUUCUUGGAGUAUUUUGCACACUAAGUGUUCUUCAAUUGGCCAUGUUGAAUUCAAGGGAUCAAGUUGUUAUGAAAUAUAGCAUCGUUGUAAUAACCAAAGUUGGUUUAGGUUUAUUAUCUGCUUUAUUGGCUAUCGCUGCCGCAGGUAUUUUUGCGUUACAAAUCGACGAUAGAGAGCAUAAUGGAUUUGAAAUAACCCGAGGACCUGCCUUUUAUAUUCAAAUUUUAUUAAUUAUUUUGAACUCUGCGUUAUUCGUAAUGGCCCUCUAUGAUAUGUUUUUCGCACGAAGAGAAGGAGGAGACCCAACGACAGUUUCUGUACCAGUAGAAUCAACCACGUAUGGUAACCCUGGUUUCAGGGAACCGGGGACUAAUGGAGGUGGUGUUUCAAUGACAGAUGCGAGCGGUAAACCUUAUGCUUCAAAUGGCAGUAUGGCAUCUAUGAACACGACUUCUACCACCGUGGGGUCGACUAAUGGGUCAACGGUAACAUCCUCAAUCACAAGAUCACCUUUGAGAUCUAGUCUUAAGAAACCGAAACCUAAAGAAGGUCUAGGGAUUCAAAAUCCGGGAUUCUCGGGAACAUCACCAACAAUGACAAGAAACGGUAGUCAGAAAAAAGUUAGGAUACAAACUACUAGCACUGAAGUAUAAAGGGCACAAAGUAAAAUUAUUAUUUUUAUGAAAAAUGUUUAUUGAGUUUAUUUCGAGAAUUAUUAUCUUGGAUGUUUAUAUGAAUUUUAUCAUUGGAAAUCGGUAUUUAAUUUAAACAAAUAUAGUGACAUGCAAUUAACAUCAAAAUAGUCAGCUAUAUUUCGUAAUUUACAUAACUAUACUCUCUUCUAGCAACACAUCUGUAGAGAUAGACUUUUAGGACUUUGAUUCUGUUAUUUUGUACUGGUUUAUUAAACAGAAUCAAACUAGAAGAGUGCAUGGCAAUUAUAGUUAUGAAUGAUGUUAAUUUCUCAAACAAACUUAUCCAGUCGAAUCAAUAUUAUGUAUUGAAUACAUUAAACCAUUCCUUUAUUCACUCAUAUUUACAAUAAAUAUGAAUAUCAUUCCACCUUUAGGGUGUUCAUAUAGUGUUAAGAAAUAAAAAUUGUAAUAUACAUAAUUUUUAAAUUAAUUACUACUAUUUUUUAUAAAAGUGUUAAAAGCCAACAUCAAUUUCAAUGAAGCACCCCGAUUUGAAGCACUACGUUAAAAUAUUGAUAAAAUUGAAUUAUUUAUCAUGUUAAUGUUAGGAACCACAAUGAUAAACUUAAGUGUGGAAUGAAGUGAUUUGAAAGUGAGAAAAUUAUAAUACACUUUUUUCUUCUAAUUUUUGCUAUAGGAUAUACUCAAAAAUAUGUUUCAACGAUGGAAAAACAUCUUAUUUUCAAUUUUAAUGUCCGUUAAAGUUCAUUAUUUUGUAUCAAUUUCAAUAAUUAAUGUCUGAACCUUGUAAUGUAGGCUGUUAACACUUUUUGUAAUUGGAAUUUUAUCUGGCACUAAAUAUCAAUUACAUUUAAAAAUCGAACAAGUUGUCGAAGAAAGUGAAAUUUUUAUAUUAAUAAUGUUAACUUUAUAAGAGUUAUAUAACAUGAAUGGUUGUACUUAGAAUAUACUUAUCAUUACUGAAAAAGAUGAAUUUUGCAAUUAUUAUAGUACAAAUUGAAUUAAUGUACAGGAUGAGAUAUGAAAAUAUAUCUCUUAUAAAUCAUCAUAUCUGUCUGUCGUGUGAUUAUUUCUCAAAUAUAACUUCUUCAUGUCAUGUCUUCAUUAAUCUGAUUUUAUUGAAAUUCUUGUUCUUCUUCUCAUUGAAGACAUAAAGACAUAAAACAAUUCUCCGACGCUAAUAUUUGUUCAUUCUCUUAUGUUACAGGGCCAAGAUUUUCUCUUCCUGACAAUGUCUUUCUUUCCGUCUACUCUGUCCUGCAUUAUGUUCUGUAGGAGUAGGUAUUUGCGUAAGAUGUGUCCUAUGUGAGAUGUUUAUCUUAGCUUAAUAAUUGUUAAUAACUUUCCCCUGCGACCAAUGCGUCUUAGUUCUUCAUCGUUGGUGAUUUUGUCAGUCCAUGGUAUCUUCAGGGUGCGUCUAUAGAGCCACAUCUAAAAUGCCUCAAGAUUUUUGAGCAUACAUUGUCCAAGUUUCCACUCCCUGCAGCAGUAAUGAACACACAUAACAUUCCAUGAAUCCUAUUCUGACGUAGAGGUUUAGAUUUCUGUUUGCAAACAUUGAGGAGUACUUGACAAAUGCCUUUAGAGCCAUUUCCAUUCUGAUCUUGAUUUCUUCGUCUGGAUCCAUUUGAGUGUUUACGACAGAACCAAGAUACUUAUAUUUUUACACCCAUUCUAUUUGUUUUCCAAUCAGUAUGAGAAUAGGGUUAAUAUUAAUAUUUUGGUUUUUACUUAUACUUAUACUCAUUUUCACAUUCUCGGUUGAUUCUCUCUAAUAGGAUUUGAAGAUUUUCUUCGCUCUCAGCUAUUAUAGCAGUAUCAUUGGCGAAUCUUAAGUUGGUAAUUAAUGUUCCUCCGAUGUUUAUCAACUCAUGUCUCUCCUCCGGCACUUUCUGAAAUACAAACUGAGCAUAUAGAUUAAAUAGUUGUGGAAAAAGAACUCAGCCUUGGCGAACUCUUUUUUAAAUAUUCAUUUCGUCUGUCUCCAUGUCCUCAAUAAGCACUACUGCCGUUUGAUUGUAAUAGAUAUUUUUGAUUAAUCGUAUAUCACUUGGAUUUAAGUUAAUAGUUGUUAAAUUCUCUAUAAGUUUAUCGUGUUGGACUUUAUCAAAAGCCUUCUGGAAAUCAAUGAAAGAGACAUAUACAUUUUUGUUGUAUUAUUUGCACUUCUGUAGUAGUAGAUAGCGAAUAAUGCUAUCGAAAUUACCAGUUUAAUUAACAAUAAUCUGGUUGUUUCUUUUCUAUAUUUCAUUAUUUAUUUUUCAUUUAUUCAUUAUCAAAUUUCGCUAGAUUUCGUCAAUUUAUUGCUAUUCCGCUUGUCUAAAUAUUCUUUUCUCCUUUUCAUUCCUGUACCAUCAUUUUCCAUUCAUACAUUCUCUUUGUUGAAAAUUAUGUAUUUUUAUAAUUUCAUCUAAUAUUUUAUCAGUCCGUUAUAUCAUUGUUGUUUAAUAUAGACAGAUUAAUCUGAAAAUCUCUUUUUCCGGUUACCAUCAUGUUACCCUACGAUGGAAUAUUCUUUUAUGACUCUUCAAAUAUUCUCCCAUUUUUCCAAAGUAUACUCUAAAUAAAGCUCAAGAUUUCGUGGAAUUAUUAUCUCUUAAACAAUAUUUUGAGAAUACAUGUGACAAAACACAUCUACAUCUAUUGUUAAGACCGAUUACAUGGUAUAUCUUUUCCUGGUAGUGGUAUGUAAUGUAUUUAUUUGAAACCUUAACCCUCUGGCUGGAGAAAACUCAUCAGAAAGUGGUAUUGAGCCUGAUUAUAAAUGAAUAAAACUGAUAUUUAUAUGGAGGGGAAAUUAAUAUUGAAUUGGACGCCACCACGUGGAAAAGCUGAUAAAACAAUCUAAGCAGUAUUUAACACUGAUUAAAUGAAUAAAUCAUGAAUGCUAUCUUCCGAAACCAAAAAUAGUCGUGUGUUCAAAGGACCAGUAAAGUAAAUUCAAAGCAGUUAUGUAUGUAGUAAAAACACCAACUUAGAAAAAUACAUUCUACAAAUAAAAUGAGAUGAAACUAAACGAGAGAGGAAUAUAUAGACAUCCGAGAAAUGAAAGAAAGGGCGAGGAGGAGCUUACGCUCUUACUCAUAUGAAAACUUAAUUUAUUCUAAUGAAACAUAACCAAGCGAAGUAUGUACAUAUUUUCACGACACCAGAAAAAAUUCAUAUGGAGUUUUUUUGAAAGGUUUUGCUUUUGAGAAACAAACAAAAACAUAUAUAAUCGAAACUUUCUCAUACUAACGUCGAUAGAAAAUAAUAAUUUUAUAAUUACUAUAUAUGUAAUAUAUUUAGUAAAUGAUAUGAACAAUUAGAGGUGGUUGUUAGAGGAUGAGGAAAAGGAUCUAUGAAUAAAAUCGUUACAAAUUGAAAUAUAGAAUUAGAAAAAUAAUUUAUUUUAGUUUCGGAAGUGUUUAUACAACAGCUACUUAUUAGCCACAAUAAUUAAUUAACGAGAAACAUAACAGUUGAUUGGCAUGUUCCAUAUUGGUAGGGCGAAUAGUAUGGGAUAAUGACAGUAUUUUCUCAUGUCAGUAGUUCAUUUUCAUCAACAAUGUAUGAAAUUUGAGUAGCAUUUUUGCAACAUUCGAUAGUUUUUCUAAAUGUAAAUUUUUGGUAGGUGUUCAUGCGUAAGAAAUAAUAUCUUUUUCUGUGUCGAAGUGCUAUCGGUUUUUAUUAUCAGAUAAAACAAUUUCUAUCCCAAAGAAUUUACUUUCUGGAUAUAAAAUUGUAUCUUUUAUGUAUUGAAUGAAUAAAUGAUGUUAGGGUUACAAAAAAGAUAUUGAUACAACUAUGUGUAAAAGCAUUUGUAAAUAAUAGAACAGAAGAUAUAUUUUGAAAAUAAUAUUCAUCCUGUACUUCACUUGUGACAACUUAUCACGAAUGAGAUUAAAAAAAUUGUAUUUUUUUAUACGAGUAUAUAGUGAGAAUCUUCCACAUAAAUAAUGUGUUGAUGGCUGUAUUUUGCUUUUGAUGCAAUUAUAUACAUUUUGGGGAUUAUUUCAAAUGAAUUAUAUAUUAUAAUAAAACAAAUUAUAUAUUUAUUAUAAUACAUAAUAUAUUUUUUUCAUUUUAUUAUAUCAUAAUCCGUCCAUGUAGUAUUAAGAAAUGUUGCUUUUUUGUGUUUAACACAUCCAUAUAUUUUAUUGAUACCAUUCCAAGAGUGGCAGGUUUAAUUAAUAUAGAACAUGUUAUUGUUAUGAUUUAGGUUAAUUUCAAGGUUGGUAAUUAAUUUAAAACACUCACGAUUGUCUCCAAUACAACAGAUAUUAAUUUUAGAAUAAAUUUUCCAACAAGUUUUAGAAUUUAAUAAUUGUUUUCCGGAAUGAAUACUCGUAACUGAAGUGUGAGGGGAAAAAUCCAUGAAAUUCAGAGAAUUAUCAAACAGUUUAAAUAACGUACUAAAACAAACACGACAUAAUUUUAACCCAGACUUGGUGACCACUCCUCAUUCUUCCAAUUCCAUAACAACUCAAAACUAUGUGUAAAAACAUCCAAAAACAUUUAAUUAUAUUAAACAAGUUAUAUAAUUUGUUAAAAAUUGAGGUAUUAUAGAAUCUCUUAAUCUAGAGGUAUUUUAUUGAAAAUGAUGGUCCAAAAAGUCGUGGAUUGAUAUAUAAACAUUUUAAAAUUUCUUCUAUUAGUCUUUCUUUUGUAUUCUAUUCAAAAGUAAGAUAAGAAUAUUGUCCUCAUUAAGUGUUAAAUAUUUCAACUUUAUGAUUUUUAACAAAAUCUUCCAACAAUACUCGUUCCAGACUUUCGCGAGACGCCUUCUAGAGGCUCUCGAUGCGAGUUUUGGCGAAAAGAGGUGGUAGGAGUGCUGGCAUCCACACUCUUGAUUCAAUCAAUUGCCAGCUACGUUUACCACAAAAUAGACGUGAUUUAAAUAUAUAUCUAUAUCGUUUAACUAAAAAAGAAAAUCUAAACGAAAAAGAUAUACCACAACAGGAUGAUGUACCUAACUAUAUUUAAUUCUUUAUCGGAUACCACGAAUCAAUCACUUUAUUUUUACCCUUGAAUUUUUUUAUUGCAAUUGAUUGCUUUAAUUUGGUAUAAUUCUAUAAAGAUGCACAAAUCGUUACUCCAAUACAUCAUGUUGUUGUUACUGUGAAGCAGUCAACACAAAAAUGAACGGGCGUGAGAGUGUGGUAGAUUGCCUCGCCUUGUCCCCUCUCGUUAUUUGACUCGAGCGGAGCCAAAGCGACGUGAGACACUCUCUUAUUACAUCAUGUUACCUCAUGGAGAGUCUGGAGCAGUAUUAAUCAUACUUCUGGUGUACGACAUCACAAUUUAUAUUUUAAGAUUCUUUCUCGUUGUAAUUCUGAAAAUUUACUAGUUUAUCCUUUUCAAAAUCAUCUUGUGACUUAAUAAUGGUAAAGGUAAAUAUAGCAGCUUUAUCAUUGUUUUUUGGUAGUUAUGGAAAUAUUUGGUACAUAAUUCAAACUGAAAAUGAAUUGACUUCUUCAUACAAGACCAAUAUGAUAUGCUAUCAAAUGGAAUCAAACUCUAAAAAAUAUAAAUUGAAUACAAAACACAAUAUUCCAAUGCUUCCAAAGUUGGUAAUAUCAAUUUGAUCUUGAACAGCAGUUCACGAAUAACAUAUAUUCAUAUAUUCCCCGUUUGAUCCAAAAUUAAAUAUAUUUCUCCUGUUUAUGCCUUGUUUAUAUGAAUAUGCUAUGAAUGAAGAUUUAUUUAUUGGAAACAAUUAUAAAAUUAUUCGCAACGCAUAUUCCACAAAUAAUAAAAUGUUAAUAAUUAUGAGAAUUAUUCAAUUUCUUAUUUUGUUGAACGAUCAUGAGUGUUUUGGACUGUUUGCAGAAUAUACAGAGAGUAAAUAUGCACAAAAUUGUUUCUAUUUGUAAUGCUCAAAUAAAUGAAUGAAAAAUAUAUAUCUAAUGUAGGUAUUUGAUUUAUGUACAAUCAAUAAAACAACAUUCUAAAACUAUUUCAAUAUUAUUAAUAGUACACCAACAAAUAUUUUUUCUGAACACACUAUAACAACGCUUAUACUUUUUGAGUGAAUAAUAUGGUUCCACUUAAUUCAAUCACACAAAUUUUAUUGGAAAUUCUUCCAAUCAAUCUGUUUGUAUUUAACAGUACAAUUUAUUAGGAUUCAAAAUAUCAAGUUUUUCACAUUCAAUGCAACUGUUAAUUUGGUAAAUAAUAAAUAUUAAGAAGAUUUUUUAUAUAAAAGUUGUACAUCAUUUAACAUAUUGUAAUAUUCAUAUUUGUUAGUAACUUGAACAAAAAUAAUAAUGAAAAAAGAAGUAGGAUACUAUUCGGAGUAUAUUUGUAUCACUUGGUAUCUAGUUUUGGCAUUAUGAAAGUUAAGCAACCAUUACUUAUAUCAAGUGAUUCACUUGAUGCCGUAGAUGAUGUAUGCAUCACCGAUUUUGCUAUAUUGUUUGGACCAAUGGUGCGGAGUAUACCUAAGCUUGUAAUUUUCAAAACGUUGGGGAAAUACUUUACACAUAAAAAAUACAUUUUUGCUUUUUCAGAUUCUACUCUAUUAUUUCUAAUACAUGCAUAUCUCUUCGAAACUUAUUUGAUGAGUUUUUUGAUAGUAUUACUUUUUAGCAUAUUAACAAUUUAUUUUAUUCGCACCUUAUUUGGAUCAAAAGUGAAAACCUACGAGUAGAAUAUGUUAAAUAUAAUUAGAAAUUCAAUUUUCCAUAAAUUAAGUGCAAAGCAGGGUCUCUACAUUUCAUAGAUCUUUCAGAAUCUUGAACAAAUCCAUAUAAGAAAAAUUUUACCGUUUAUUCAAAACAAUAUUCGAAUAGUAAAGGCUAUGUUCAUGAUUUUGAUGGAAAUUUAAGGUUUAGAAAUCACGCUAUACGCUUGAUACUAAGAUAAUAUUUGAAUUUCCUAUAAAUUAUAUUCUACAAGCUCUACUCGAAGGAUCAAUGGUUUGGACGCAAUUUUUGAAUCUUUACAAAAACUAUUUAAUCUUAAAGGGCCGUUAUACUGUAUAAAAUCACGCUGAAUACAUAGAGCAAAAGUACAAAAUAAUUUUUCGAUAACUUUAUGAGAAUUGGAAACUUGAGCAUGCGUAAUCCUAAUAGCUCCAAACAAGAUAGUAGAUAAUCAUAGGUGGUUUAUGUUUUUUUUUUCAAUUUAUUGUUGGAGUGGGCCAGCUUAUAAUUCUUUUAUACCAUUAUAUUACCCAUUUGUUCUGGUUAUUGUUACCUUUAAAGUUAUUUUACAUAAUUUUACACCAUAAUCAUUCAAACAGUAUAUGAAAAUUAUAUGGUUUUUGAGUAUUUUAUAACAACUAUGAAAUAUUGUUUUCCGUUAUUCUAUGACGUAUGAGUUGUAUUUUUUGUAUAUAUAAAGUUUUAAUAAAUUUAUUUUACAUACGCU